AUGUCACCACGCCAGGUGACAAAACCAAGAACCUUUCUCAGGAGUCCAACUGGAUUCCCUUUAGGGAAAGGAACUGUGAAGGUUGCAACAGCAACCAAGCAAAAACCUGCUAGUUCAAUUCACUUGCCCUGGCAGAAUGACUACCGCAAAGAAGGUAGUAAGAAGAAGGGCUGUUCUGCUAUCAACAAGGUAGUCGCCAGAGAAUACACCAUCAACAUUCACAAGAACAUCCAUGGAAAACUAUCAUUUAAGAAGCCAGAUUUUGAAAGAAAAAAAAAAAGAAGAAAAAAAAAAGAAAUGGUCAGCCUUGGACCUCAGGUAGCUGAAGGAGAAAAUGUGUUUGGUGUCUACCACAUCUUUACAUCUCUCAAUGACUCAUUUCUCCACGUGACCAAUCUUUCUGUCAAGGUAACUAUCUGUCAUGUGACCGGUGGGAUGGAGGGGAAGGCUGGCCAAGAUGCAUCCUCUCCCUAUGCUGCCUUGAUGACUACCCAGGAUGUAACCCAGAGGUGCACGGACCUGGGCAUCACUGUCCUCCACAUCAAACUCCAGGCCACAGGAGGAAAUAAAACCAUGACCCCUGAACCUAGGGCCCAGUCAGCCCUUAGCGCCCUUGCUCACUCAGGAAUGAAGACCAGGGGGAUUGAGGAUGUCACCCCUAACCCAUCCAACAGCACCCACAGGAAUGGGGGGUUGCUGUGGUUGUGGCGUUGUGCCCGAAUCGCGAAUGAUGUAAAGGAAUUGGAUGACACUAAUAUGGAGUACAAUUCAGAAGCUAGGCAAACAGAGUAA